AUGAGGCUGCAUUCCAUCCAACAGUCGCUUUGGCUGCUGUUCCACGUACUAUUGUGUUAUUGUUGGCAGGUCCACGCACAGAUUUCUGUCGCACUGCCAGAAGAAGAAAUUGCCGCGGAACAACGAGAAAUCAUACGCAUUCCAAUUGCCGUCUUUCUACUGGAUGAUGACAAUGACGGUAGUUUAUCCAGUGCUCGAACCAUAGAUGAUGUACAAGAGACAGUGGGAAGAGUCAAUGCAACGUGGUACCGUCAAGCCGGCAUUGAAAUUGAUCCUAUUGCCAUGGAACGAGUGGUAGUUCCUGUAGACUUACUGGAAGGAAUGAAAUGGCAACGAGGUUUUGGAAGGGAUUUUACAAGUUUCUUUAGAGCCAUUUACCAAGGUCAGAUGCAAGACAUAUCUCGGCUCGAAGACGAAGCUCUCAUCUAUGCCUUUUACGUACAAUCCUUGGGGGGUGGGAUCAAUGGGAUGAAACCCAGUGGGGUCAAUUCGUUCUUUGUGGUAGACAAUCCAUCUGUCUACGACUAUCGGGUCAGCAGCCAUGAAAUUGGUCACUUACUUCGACUCCAUCAUGCCAUGGAUUCCAGUAUGCUCAUGUUCUCGGGGUCCAAUGGCAUGACCUUGACGACGGUAGAGCAGACGGUGGCACGCUAUGCUGCCGAGGGAAUGACGCGCUCCUUGGACAAUAGUGAUAGAUAGCAGACCAUCGAAACUGCAUUGAAAAUUCAAUCGAAUCAACUUAUUAGCUAUCUACAUGUACCUAUUGUCCUUACUGAAAUUGUGUGUGGGUAUUUCUCCACUGUUUGCUUGCUUGCCCGUCUGCCAGAUCCUUGCUUCAGACUUCCUUGCCUUCUGCGUAGCUACUUCUCACAGCUGUGCUUCGUGGCCGGCCACCAUAAAAACUCUUUUUAUUGAUUGUUGAUUGAAACAGCCACAAACAGACGCCGAUUCUUACACUAAGAAGAGGUCGUCGUCGACCAUCGAUGCCAUCUUCUGCACGUGUUCGGAUGGGUCCUGUUCUAACGAGGCAUCCUCAUCAUGCGUCUCCGUUUCGUCUUCAUCAUCACUAGUAGCGCCCAAUGGUCCGGGCUGUGUACCAUCUUGAUGCGACAUGGAACGACGCAAGUGGUUGAGUUCCUCGGCCACAUAGUCGUGGGACAUGUCGGAGUUCUUGGUUUGCAGCACCACGACGGGGGGAUGAUGAUUCAUCGAUCCGUUCAUUGCGGUAUGGUCCUGCUGCGACUGAGAAAGCGAUUGUUUUAGGUGGUGUAGUUCGUCCAUGAGGUAGUCCUCAUCCAUGUUCUUUUCAUUAUCACCUCCACGUUGAUGUGGCACAUUGUCCCAGCUUUGGUGAUGGGGCACGGCUGGAUGACUGUCAAACGGAUUCUGCUGCCAUGUGGUGGCUGGCAACGACGAACAAGAAACGGGAGCCGGUGACGCUAUGGUGGGUGUAGCUGCCAAAAUGGGACUGACGGCCUCUUGGCGGCUACUGUCCAGAGCAGCCACUUCUGGUAGAAGAUGAUUGUCAAAGGGAUUUGCCGACGACGGUUUCGGAUUGGGUGGCGUCGCGAUGGUUGGCCCUUCAUCAAAGGGAUAGUCGUGUAGUUCUUUAUGGGGCUCGACGUGAUUGUCAAAGGGGUUGCUUUUGGGCGCAUUCCGACGGCUGCUGCUACCGAGUGCCGAUGGUACAGCAGAUGCCACAGACUCAUCCAGAGACGGCACGGCACCGUAGAUGGGGAGUGUCUGGUGCUGUUGACUGGUAUCGUCCAUUGCAUUUUUGUACGCAGCGGGCAAUUGUGGAUGUGCCUGAACUUGGGGCUGUGAAUGAGCGUCAAAUGGAUUUUGGUGCUGCUGCUUGGUUGCGGUUGCUGUGAUGGCAGCUGCAGCAGAAUUGAUGUCGACUUCUCGACUGUGAUGAUGGUGCGUGGGCGUGGUUACAGCUGCAGCUGCAUUGUCGUUGAUGUUCGCUGGCUGAUGAUGGUGGUGUUGGAUAUUAUUGGCUGGCUGUUGUCUCAUGAUGGAGGCUGCAGUGGACGUAUUUACCUUCGGUUCCUGGUGAUGAUGAAUAUUGCUGGGUUGCUGCUGCUGUCCUGGAUCCGGGGAGUGAGAUUCUGUGUGAAAGGGAUUCAUACCGGCAGCCUUUGGUUCCUCCAAAUUGUCAUCGUCACUUCCGAAUGAAUCAAAAGGAUUCAUGAGGACGCUCCGAGGAGAGCUCUCCUUGGCAACAACCUUUUCCUUUGGAGUUUCCUGAACUGGAGGUAAACUGUCCACUGAUUUUGACAUGUUAGCAGUAACCGUUGUCGUGUCAUCAUCGUCAUCAUCGUCGGGGUACGAGGGUAACUUUGCAACGGAGAGUCUCUCAAUGGCAUUGCCCAAUUGAAGAAGAUCCCGAUGAAAACAGGAAGAGAAAUCCUCAGUAUUCGCAGUGGCAGAUUCGAUCUCGUUGGUUGACACAGCGGGAGCCUCCACAAAAUUGCGAGUAGGGGCAGCUCCCGUGACGGAAUGACGAAAGUCCCUGUUGGCUACUGCCGCGGCGGUUGGAGAUCCCAUGGUUCCUGUAGAAGAUCGAAAGUCGUGCUGUUUCUGGUGGAUCUGAGGAGGAUGUUGAUUUUGAUGAGGAUGAUGAUUGUGGCUGUGAUGAUUGUGGCUGUGGGGGUGAGUUGGGGAGGGUGGGACGGCCAUGGAAUCCAACGCACUCUUUCGUUUUCCUUCCUUGUGGGAAAGCCGUUUGCGGCCCGAGCCUCGUUUGGUUUUCAUCAUGUUGCUGAUGAGACUGAUGAGACUAAAACCAGACAAGACAGAGAACGAUUUGAUUUGAUUCUACAGUAUAACCACUCGCUUGCUUUGCUGGUUUCGCAGGAUUGCUUUCGGAAGUGCUUGGAUUAAUCUGGCUUCGUCUGCUUGUUGGAACAUGUGAUCCUGUAACGGAUGGUCUUUUGCCUUUUUGUUGGGCCAAGAUUGACGAGUGCGUGACCUGUUCGAGCACGACUGCAAUACAUGCGUGCAACGAGGAAGCAGCCGCGCCGUGGAUGUUGAAAGCUUCCGCUUGGCUGCUUUCGGCCCAAACCUUGCCA